GGAAAACGUUGAGGAUACUGCACGCUUGGGAAAAUGCUGUACUGCCGUUCUUGUCUUGGAUACGCUCAUGACUUGACAGCAGCGUGUUGACAAAACGAAUUAACUGUUGAUCUCAUGUGUGUUUCCCAACGACGCUUCUGAUUAAAUCUUGGUUGCUCCAAAGCUGCAACGAUUUUUACAGACACUGGUUGCCAGCUUUUACCGUAUGCAUAACUAGCUCGCAAAAGUCAACGGACAGAACACGUUGCAAUCCAUUGGGAAGGGAAAAUACAAUGUUUCUGUUUGGAAUCGGAUUAUGCGCUAGCAUAACGUUAACGUUACAUUUUGGAAGGUGAAGACAGCGUUGUGAGGACCAAGAAAUUAGAUGUAUCAAAUAUAACGUUAGUCCACGACAUGUGGUGUAUUGAACGUCUUAUUUAGCUAGCUAACGUUAGAUAAUUUACGAUAACUAGCAAACUAAGUAAUUUAAACUACCUGAUGCUAGCUAACGUACACAUUUUAAGAUUGAGGGUUAAUUAGCUAUGUUCCAUGGUAUUGUUGCUGAAUUUACCUGGUUUAGUCUAAUUAGGUAAAAUAACAAUGAUAAACAAUUGGAAAUCGUUUGUAAUAUUGCUAGCUACUAGUAGUACUGUAACAUGCUAACUAACGUUAGAUGGAUCGUUAGACCAACAUGCAACAAGUCAGUCAAUAGCUAUGGUUUUAACCAUUUGGUAGUCUCUAGCUAGCUACACAAGUAUCACCUCUUCCAUAUUUGUGGACAUAAUUCGUCAGGACCUUCAACUGUGUAACGUAGUAGCAAGCCUCUUGGCUGGCCAGUGGAUAUUUUGGAGUGGGUCUACUCAACAAACACCUGUCAGCUGGAAAGUCAGUGUCAAUACCACACUAUGUUGUUGACAAUACUAGCUGGCUAGUUACGUUAGUCUUUUUUUUUUUGCACAGACCUUCAUAACACACAGUGGAGGAGCAAACCUUUGCAGCUGUGUGUUGUGUUUAUUUCCCGGAAAUAAAAGGAUUUCAAUUGGAUUGAAAAUGGGAGCCGCUAGCGAGCUGGCGUUUGCUGUUUUUCUCAUCUCGUUUUCUUCAGGUGCAAUCCUGGGUCGCUCGGAGACACAGGAGUGCGUUUACUACAACUCUAGCUGGGAGAAGGAGCGAACCAACCGCAGUGGCAUCGAGCCUUGCUACGGCGACAAGGACAAGAGGCUCCACUGCUUCGCCACCUGGAAAAACACCUCGGGAACCAUCGAGAUCGUCAAGCAGGGCUGCUGGCUGGACGAUGUCAACUGCUAUGACAGUAGUGAAUGUGUGGAGACGAAGGAGAGUCCGGACGUCUUCUUCUGUUGCUGCGAAGGCAACACGUGUAACGAGAAGUUCCUCUACAGCCCCGACACGCAGGCUGUCCAAACGACCUCCAACCCGUUUACCCAGAAGCCUCAGCUGUUCAACACCCUGCUGUACUCUCUGGUGCCCAUUAUGGGCAUCGCCGCCAUCGUCCUCUUCUCCUUCUGGAUGUACCGUCAUCACAAGCUGGCAUACCCGCCCGUCCUGGUGCCAACACAGGAACAACUGGGGCCACACACCCCUCCCUCGCCCAUCAUGGGGCAGAAGCCAUUGCAGUUGAUCGAGAUCAAAGCCAGGGGGCGCUUCGGCUGUGUGUGGAAGGCUCAGCUCCUCAACGACUACGUGGCUGUCAAGGUCUUCCCCAUUCAGGACAAGCUGUCAUGGCAGAACGAGUAUGAGAUCUACAGCCUGAGUGGGAUGAAACACGAGAACCUGCUCCACUUUAUCGGUGUGGAGAAGAGAGGCAACAACAUGGACAUAGACCUCUGGCUCAUCACAGCCUAUCACGACAACGGCUCUCUGACUGAUUACCUGAAGGCCAACGUGGUGUCGUGGAACGAGCUGUGCCACAUCUCCCAGACCUUGGCCCGUGGCCUGGCCUAUCUCCACGAGGACAUCCCUGGGCUGAAGGACGGACACAAGCCCGCCGUCGCACACAGGGACAUGAAGAGCAAGAACGUGCUUCUGAAGAACAACCUGACAGCCUGCAUAGCGGACUUUGGCCUGGCCCUGAAGUUUGAAGCUGGGAAGUCAGCAGGAGACGCCCACGGACAGGUGGGCACGAGGCGCUACAUGGCCCCUGAGGUGCUGGAGGGGGCCAUCAACUUCCAGAGAGACUCCUUCCUGAGGAUAGACAUGUACGCCAUGGGGCUGGUGCUGUGGGAGCUGGCCGCUCGCUGCACCGCUGCAGAUGGUCCUGUGGAUGAGUACACACUGCCCUUCGAGGAGGAGGUCGGCCAACACCCGUCUCUAGAGGAUAUGCAGGAGGUGGUGGUCCACAAGAAGCUACGGCCCUGCCUCCGAGAGUGCUGGCAGAAACACACAGGCCUGGUGAUGCUGUGUGAGACCGUCGAGGAGUGCUGGGAUCACGAGGCCGAGGCGAGGCUCUCGGCGGGCUGCGUGGAGGAACGCAUCAUCCAGAUGCAACGCCAGACCAACGUCAUCGCCCCCGAGGAGAUUGUCACCGUCGUCACCAUGGUGACCAACGUGGACUUCCCUCCCAAAGAGUCCAGCCUAUGAAUGGACGGACAUUGACUGGACGUGCCAGGUGGUGGACAUGGAGCUAUUUUGAUUGGAUGUUUUCAGGUAUACAUUGAUCGACCAGAGUGGCCCGUUCAGGAUCAUGAACUCUGGAUGAUCCCGGGUUCAUCUCUGACCCCUGACCCCCUCAGAUGGGUGUGCUGGCAUGGCGUGGUGUGUUUUAGUGCUGGGCGCUACACUACUGUCAUUCAGGAAAUACCUGGCUGUGCCCACCAACACUGGUUUGGUUUCUACCCACUUCAUAGUAUCAUGAUGUGUUGGAUUCAGUUGGACUCCCAUAGCGAGCCUCAAACUGUACAACAGAAUCAAAAGAGCAACACUAGGUCGUAACAAACCCUGUGAGCUGGGCAAAAGGGAUAUUUUAUAUAUGAACGAAAACACUAGGACCUCCUAACAGACUUCUGUUCUAUUUUCUAAGAAGAGGAAGGGGAAGAGGACGGACUCUCCAAGAAGAACUGUUACGGCUCAGUAAAGAAAAAAGGGCGACUUGUUUUAAAAUUCCUUUGCUGUUUCCUUUCUGUUUAUAUGAUAAUGACAAUUGUAAUGCCAAUAAGAAACAGCUUCUGAAUGUCACGUGUACUGCUGCUGUCAAGGUUUAUUUUAAGGGGGGAUCCAUUUCCAAGCGUUACUACUUUGAAAGCAAAACCAUAGACCUCCCUCGAAUCAACAAGGUAUACCUCAGUUCCAUCUUCAUUACAACACUGCAACUCUAGAAACAGAACUACUAUUGUUUCUAGUUCUAUUAAGUAUAUUUCUAUGACGACAGCAAUCUCUGUAAACCAUUCAGAUGACAUCAUUACUUUGGUAUUAUUGAACUGUAUACUGUACAGCUGUGGCAGGUGAAAGUAGAAUCGUUAUCACCACAGUUUUUAAAACUAGUCUGCCAAGAGAUGUAUGACCAUACAUUUACACACGUACAUCUGCCUUCUUGUUUUUCUUCUUUGCACGAUUUUUUUUGUCCUUAUUAUUUUUCCUUAUUUUGUCCUUCCUUGCGGUUUUAAAUCGUUUUUAUUGAAAACAUGUUAAUCCUACAUUUUAAGAGUAUUUCAAUAACCCCCUAACUCAUUGAAAAUGAUUUUUAAAAAGCACUUCUUCCUUAUUUUGGCUUGCUGUGUCAACCGAGUAUUUAAUGAUGUGAGCAUGCCUUUUGGUUAUCCUUUGGUCUUCUUUUAAAAAAAGCUCAGGAAGCUACUCUUCUGUCUCUCUUGACUCCCUACUUAUUACCCAUCUGUAUCUCCCAGUCCCUAGCUACUUCUCGAGUCCCUUGCUACUACCCCUCUGUCUCUCCUUGUCCGUAGCUACUACCCUUCUGUCUCACCUUGUCCGUAGCUACUACCCUUCUGUCUCACCCUGUCCGUAGCUACUACUCUUAUGUCUCUACUGAGUCCCUAGCUACUACCCUUCUGUCGCUCCAGUUCCUAGCUACUACCCUUCUGUCUCUCCAGUCCCUAGCUACUACCCUUAUGUCUCUCCAGUCCCUAGCUACUACCCUUCUCUCUCUCCAGUUCCUAGAUACUACCCUUCUGUCUCUCCAGUUCCUAGCUACUACCCUUCUGUCUCUCCAGUUCCUAGCUACUACCCUUCUGUCUCUCCAGUCCCUAGCUACUACCCUUCUGUCUCUCCAGUUCCUAGCUACUACCCUUCUGUCUCUCCAGUUCCUAGCUACUACCCUUCUGUCUCUCCAGUCCCUAGCUACUACCCUUCUGUCUCUCCAGUCCCUAGCUACUACCCUUCUGUCUCUCCAGUCCCUAACUACUACCCUUCUGUCUCUCCAGUCCCUAACUACUACCCUUCUCACUCUAUCAGUCCCUAGCUACUACCCUUCUGUCUCUCCAGUCCCUAACUACUACCAUUCUGUCUCUCCAGUCCCUAGCUACUACCCUUCUGUCUCUCCAGUCCCUAACUACUACCCUUCUCACUCUCUCAGUUCCUAGCUACUACCCUUCUGUCUCUCCAGUCCCUAGCUACUACCCUUCUGUUUCUCCAGUCCCUAGCUACUACCCUUCUGUUUCUCCAGUCCCUAGUUACUACCCUUCUGUCUCUCCAGUCCCUAACUACUACCCUUCUCACUCUCUCAGUUCCUAGCUACUACCCUUCUGUUUCUCUAGUCCCUAGUUACUACCCUUCUGUCUCUCCAGUCCCUAGCUACUACCCUUCUGUCUCUAGUCCCUAGCUACUACCCUUCUGUCUCUCCAGUCCCUAGCUACCACCCUUCUGUCUCUCCAGGCCCUAGCUACUACCCUUCUGUUUCUCGAGUCCCUAGCUACUACCCUUCUGUCUCUCCAGUCCUUAGCUACUACCCUUCUGUCUCUCCAGUCCCUAGUUACUACCCUUCUGUCUCUCCAUUCCCUAGCUACUACCCUUCUGUUUCUCCAGUCCCUAGUUACUACCCUUCUGUCUCUCCAGUCCCUAGCUACUACCCUUGUUUCUCCAGUCCCUAGUUACUACCCUUCUGUCUCUCCAGUCCUUAGCUACUACCCUUCUGUCUCUCCAGUCCCUAGUUACUACCCUUCUGUCUCUAGUCCCUAGCUACUACCCUUCUGUUUCUCCAGUCCCUAGCUACUACCCUUCUGUUUCUCCAGUCCCUAGUUACUACCCUUCUGUCUCUCCAGUACCUAACUACUACCCUUCUCACUCUCUCAGUUCCUAGCUACUACCCUUCUGUUUCUCUAGUCCCUAGUUACUACCCUUCUGUCUCUCCGGUCCCUAGCAACUACCCUUCUCACUCUCUCAGUUCCUAGCUACUACCCUUCUGUCUCUCCAGUCCCUAGCUACUACCCUUCCGUCUCUCCAGGCCCUAGCUACUACCCUUCUGUCUCUCCAGUCCCUAGCUACUACCCUUCUGUCUCUCCAGUCCUUAGCUACUACCCUUCUGUCUCUCCAGUCCCCAGUUACUACCCUUCUGUCUCUCCAGUCCCUAGUUACUACCCUUCUGUCUCUCCAGUCCCUAGCUACUACCCUUCUGUCUCUCCAGUCCCUAGCUACUACCCUUCUGUUUCUCCAGUCCUUAGCUACUACCCUUCUGUCUCUCCAGUCCCUAGCUACUACCCUUCUGUCUCUCCAGUCCCUAGUUACUACCCUUCUGUCUCUAGUCCCUAGCUACUACCCUUAUGUCUCUCCAGUCCCUAACUACUACCCUUCUCACUCUCUCAGUUCCUAGCUACUACCCUUCUGUCUCUCCAGUCCCUAGCUACUACCCUUCUGUCUCUCCAGUCCCUAACUACUACCCUUCUCACUCUCUCAGUUCCUAGCUACUACCCUUCUGUCUCUCCAGUCCCUAGCUACUACCCUUCUGUCUCUCCAGUCCCUAGCUACUACCCUUCUGUUUCUCCAGUCCCUAGUUACUACUCUUCUGUCUCUCCAGUCCCUAGCUACUACCCUUCUGUUUCUCCAGUCCCUAGUUACUACCCUUCUGUCUCUCCAGUACCGAACUACUACCCUUCUCACUCUCUCAGUUCCUAGCUACUACCCUUCUGUCUCUCCAGUCCCUAGCUACUACCCUUCUGUCUCUAGUCCCUAGCUACUACCCUUCUAUUUCUCCAGUCCCUAGCUACUACCCUUCUGUCUCUCCAGUCCCUAGCUACUACCCUUCUGUCUCUCCAGUCCCUAGCUACUACCCUUCUGUCUCUCCAGUCCCUAGCUACUACCCCUCUGUCUCUCCAGUCCCUAGCUACUACCCUCCUGUCUCUACAGUCCCUAGCUACUACCCUUCUGUCUCUCCAGUUCCUAGCUACUACCCUUCUCGCUCUCUCAGUCCCUAGCUACUACCCUCCUGUCUCUCCAGUCCCUAGCUACUACCCUUCUGUCUCUCCAGUCCCUAGCUACUACCCUUCUGUCUCUCCAGUCCCUAGCUACUACCCUUCUGUCUCUCCAGUCCCUAGCUACUACCCUCCUGUCUCUACAGUCCCUAGCUACUACCCUUCUGUCUCUCCAGUUCCUAGCUACUACCCUUCUCGCUCUCUCAGUUCCUAGCUACUACCCUCCUGUCUCUCCAGUCCCUAGCUGCUACCCUUCUGCUUUGAGACGCGGGUGACCUUUCACACUGACUCUCUCUCUCUUCCUGGUGCCAUCUCAACCAUAGUGUUAAAACAUCUCUACUUCUAGCCUCUCUAUCAUCUCAACUCAGUUGAGCCUUUAAUCAGUGUGACAACGUUACUACUGUAGGCCCACCCUGGGCAAAACAAGGAUGACUCUCGUCGUCCUUCCGGAAUUUGAUUUGUGAAUGUGUUCUGUAUACCAUUUCUAGCUUGUUGUACGAGCUCAGAUGUGUCUUCUGGGUGACAUUGACACUGAUGAUGAUGCGUUCAUCUUUGCAUUCUCUCUUUUCACACCUCGUCAGUGUUUUAACUGGAACUACAGCAUCUACAGCAACGUUCAGGGAUUCAAUACUAUGCUUUUCAGUAAUUACUACAGUAUAUGCAACCCGUGCAGAAUGGUGCAAUUGCGUAAAUACUUGCAUUGCUGCAGGAGCGACUUUCACACCACUGUAGCAUUUUUUAAACAGUUCAUCUUGUGUAUUGAUGUUUUAAUGAUUUGCUGAGCUGAGCUUUCGGGUAUUAGACAGAGAGCAGGUGGGCAGGUGCCAACUCAAACAAUUAUUGCUUUACCUCUAUCUGAAAGACAGUGGAACGGACUUAGGGGAGGCCCAACUGUAUUACUAGAUUGUGUCUGUACUCUCGGGGGUGAAGGCUGCAGUUGGCCAGUGGUCUCGCAGCGGAUGUAGGCUCUAUCGCAAUUAGUCUUUCCUUGGUUCCGCACAUCCUGUCUCCUUGCCUAAUAUGGUUGAGGAGGAGAGGGGAUGCGAAGAUUCAAGGACAUUUUGAAUUGAGAAAGCCGUAGAAUGGUGGCCGUUACUGUGAAUCCCCCCCCCCCUCCCUCGCUACACACUGGAACCCUGUAGCGCUCAGCAAUAGCAACUAGCAAGCAUAGGGCAUUGGAGGAAGAGUGGAAGGGGCACCAGUUUCCAAGCAGUCAGUGGUGAACCAACAGUCUAAUAUACAAUCACUACAGUUCUACUGCAUUAUUUUGAUUGUCGUAUGUGCUUCUGAGAAAGAAAAAAUAAAUAUGUAGCCAUGUUGUGAUCCUCUGAUGAUUUCUGGUAUUUUGAAGGUAUAAUUUUGUGUACAUGAUUUUAUUUUGAAACCACAGCUACUUGUACAAAGCUGAUUUCACUGUACAGAUGUUUUAAACCCCAAACCCUGUUACAAUCUUCUUAGUUGAUCAGACCUUGGCCUUCUUGUGAGGGUUGAUUUUCUUUCAGAUCAACUUCAGAAAGCCCAAAUAACAUUUGACUUCAGACUGGCUGGAAUAUUGAAAUGCACAUUAUGUAAAUACACAUGUCAUUUUUAGAUUGUAGAUGAUGGAUAUAGCAUGAGGUUGUUUCUAUGGUUAUUAGAAUAUAUCACAAACACGAAAAAAAUAUCCCAGAUAAAUGAAUUAUUACAUAAUAAGAUUUUACCUGUUUAUUUUGUAUAUCUAUGUUUUUAAAUUGUAUCAAUUUAUGGCCCAAAUGGCCCGAAACGGUCACUCUUCCUUCCCCAGAUGAGACUAAUUUCUUUCUAAGGUGGUCUGAUGAAAGUUCCCUCAAAUGGAACCCUGAAUCAACAGUUAUACCAUUUUCACACCGCUGAGCUGAGCCAAACUAAGCCGAACCGAGUUGGAUAGAGAUGGCCUGGUUAAGCAUCCACCAUAGUUGCUGGAAGAAAGCUGAAAAUGACAAUGUGAUCGGAAGAUAUCAGAGCCAGCAAAGUAUGGUUCGGGUUGGCUCAGUAGUGUGAAAAUAGUCAUUGUUUUACCUCAGACAUCCUAGCUCAGACCCUUACGUUACACUACAGCAUUGAGAUACCAUUGCUACAAUGUUCCAGCAGUGUUGCAAGAAUGUUAUCCCUUGUAUGUGACCAGCAGACAGUGUUUUCUGUAACACACUUCCUCUCAAAACAACCCUAAAGCUAAACCUAGGUUAGCUUCGGUUCUGUAUUUGCUGAUAGUCGAACAGUGUGACUUGGCACAAAUGACUGUUCUAUUGGCAAGUGGACUUGCCAAUAAUUUUUAUGCUUUGCAAGUUAUUUAACAAACUUUUUCAGAUGCCUGGUUGGAAGUGGAUGUUAAAUAUUGUACAGAGAAAUUGUAUGCUAUUGUCCCUAAAAUAAAGUAUAGUGACUGCUCAUU